AUGAUCCUCCUCUCCCUGUUUUGUUUAAACAAAACGCUGUAUCGCGCAACUGUUUCCUGUUUUACAUCCCUCCAUCUGGGAUUUGUUUCUCUGUCUCUAUCAUUUUUUCCCUUUCUUAUUACCAUCCCAUUCCAUUCCCAACUUUCUUUUCUACUUCUUUUUUUUCUUGUUGACACCAAAAUAUCAUCCAUCCCAUCCCAACCCAAUGACGACCCAACUAUUAUCUCGCUCUCACUUCCCCACUUGAUUGAAUGCUGUUACAAUAUGUAUUCUGUGCCCCCAAGCAUCUUCCUCCUACCAUCCAGCUCCGAGACCAAGACCAAAAUUUGCUCCCAUCUGCUAGUAGACGUAUGGUCACUUUUAUUUAGACGUUGA